AUCAUCAUCAUCAUCAUCACCACCACCAUCAUCAUCAUCGCCAGCGCACCGUGCGUCUCCUUGCUGGCGCUCUGAAGUGAUCAUCAGUGGAAGUGCACCGAGCUGCAGCCCAACUGUCACAUCCUUCCACUACACGCACUGUGCUCAGGCUGGCUGGCUGCUGCACGGGCACCAUGGAGCAAAAAUCACCCAAGGACGGCAGCCCGGGCCGGGGACAGGAGUCUCUCUCCUACCAGCGGAGGAUGUGGAAGAAUUUCCAGGAGAAAACCAAACCGUGGCUGAGUCCGAAACUGGGAUCGGAGCGCCGGAGCGGCGCCGGGGGCGCCGAGGGCAAUAAGAAGGAAUCGGGCUUGUGGAUGUUUAAGAGGAAAAAGAAACAACUGGAUCGGGUGUUUUCGUCGUCUCAGCCGAACCUGAGCUGCUCCACGCCGGCGCCUUUUGAAGGGGAUAAGUCCCUUGUAGGCGACACGGUCCCGGGGACCAGCGCCGGCGGACAGUCCCUGCUCCAGCCCCUUGGCACGGCUACCGGGGCCACGGGGAGCAAACCAGAGCUGGCAACACACGGGAGCCCCAAACUCCCCGUGUCCCAGCUGAUCAUGUACCAGCAGAAGAGCUCCUCUCUCGGCUCGGCGUGCUUCGAGAAGCUGGUGGUGGUGGACCCGGCCGCCGCCGCCGCCGCGAUGGGAGAGGAGGAGCAGCUGCGUAAAAACGCAAGCGAUUCUGGCAUCAACAUUGUGGGACCCAGUAAUGCAGAGCCCCUGCCUCAGCCUCCCUGUCCAGCCAUGUACCAGCUGGAUAUCGUGCUCAAAAAAGGGAAAAACCUUGCCAUCCGGGAUCGGACAGGUACCAGUGAUCCAUAUGUGAAGUUUAAGAUAGCAGGUAAGGAGGUGUUCCGGAGCAAGACCAUCCACAAAAACCUCAAUCCAGUGUGGGAUGAGAGAGUAAGCCUUCUGGUGGAAACCCUGAGAGAACCUCUAUACGUCAAGGUAUUUGACUAUGACUUUGGACUUCAAGAUGAUUUCAUGGGCUCAGCGUACCUCUAUCUGGAAUCACUGGAGCAUCAGAGGACACUGGAUGUCACUCUGGACCUGAAGGACCCACAGUACCCUGACAAUAACCUGGGCACCCUGGAGCUAGCAGUUACUCUGACACCAAAGGAAGGAGACGUGAGGGACGCUACCAUGCUUUUGAGAAGGAACUGGAAACGAUCUAGUAAGUACCAGAGCAUGCGACUGUCAGAUGUGCACAGAAAAGCCCAGCUGUGGCGGGGUAUCGUCAGCAUCAGCCUGAUAGAAGGUCGCGGCCUGCAGCCAAUGGACGCCAACGGACUCAGCGACCCUUAUGUCAAAUUCAGGAUGGGUCACCAAAAGUACAAGAGCAAGACAAUUCCCAAGACCCUGAACCCUCAAUGGAGAGAACAGUUUGAUUUCCACCUGUACGACGAGCAGGGAGGCUACGUGGACAUCACUGUCUGGGACAAAGAUGCUGGCAAAAAGGAUGACUUCAUGGGGAGGUGUACCAUUGACCUGUCGCUUCUUAGCAAAGAACACACACACAAGUUGGAUGUGCCGCUGGAAGAAGGCGAAGGUGUGCUGGUGCUGUUGGUCACACUCACCGCCUCCGCUGCCGUUUCCAUCUCAGACCUGUCGGUCAACAUGCUGGACGACCCACAUGAGAGACGCCAGAUCACACAGAGAUAUAGCCUGUGGAGGUCGCUGCACAACCUGAAAGAUGUUGGCGUGGUGCAGGUUAAGGUCAUCAGGGCCGAGGGCCUCAUGGCUGCAGAUGUCACAGGUAAGAGUGAUCCAUUCUGCGUGGUGGAGCUGAGUAACGAUCGGCUGCAGACACACACUGUUUACAAAAACCUCAAUCCAGAAUGGAACAAGGUCUUCACUUUCAACGUGAAGGACAUCCACUCCGUACUUGAGGUCACUGUUUACGACGAGGACAGAGAUAGAAGUGCCGACUUCCUGGGGAAAGUGGCUAUUCCUUUACUAAAUAUCCAAAAUGGAGAACGCAAAGCCUACGCCUUGAAAAGCAAGGAGCUGACAGGGCCAACAAAAGGGGUCAUCUUUCUCGAAAUAGACGUGAUUUUUAAUGCUGUGAAGGCUGGUCUCAGGACGCUGAUUCCCAUCGAACAGAAGUACAUCGAGGAGGAGCCCAGAGUAUCCAAACAGUUGCUUUUGCGCAACUUCAACCGAGUUAGACGCUGCAUCAUGUUCCUGAUCAACACGGGCUGCUACAUCAACAGCUGCUUUGAAUGGGACUCUCCGCAGAGGAGCAUCUGUGCUUUUGUGCUUUUCGUCAUUGUUGUUUGGAACUUUGAACUCUAUAUGAUUCCUCUGGCGUUGCUGCUGCCCCUGGCCUGGAACUACAUCCUCAUCGCGUCUGGGAAGGACACCAGGCAAGAUGUGCAAGCAGUGGAGGACCUGCUGGAGGAUGAGGAUGAGGAUUUUGACAAAGAUGACAAGGACCCUAAACCAGACCCCUGGGACGACAGUCGUGAUAAAAACCAUAUCCUUGAGGAUAUGUUGGCUUCCUGGCACUUUGAGUGGAUACGGGCGAUGGUGGACUCAGAGAGAAAGGGCUUCAUGAACAAGCUUUAUGCCAUUCAGGACGUGUGCAUCAGCGUGCAGAAUGCACUGGAUGAAGUGGCCUCCUAUGGCGAGAGGAUAAAGAACACAUUUAACUGGACCGUGCCUUUUUUAAGCUGGCUUGCCAUUGUUGCCCUCGGAGUAUCCACCAUCAUCAUCUAUUUCAUCCCUCUUCGAUAUAUAGUGUUGGCCUGGGGUGUGAAUAAAUUCACCAAGAAGCUACGAGACCCUUACACCAUUGAUAACAACGAGCUGCUGGACUUCCUGUCCAGAGUGCCCUCAGACGUGCAAGUGGUGCAGUACCGAGAGCUGAAACUGGAUCCCAAUCCCAGUCCAAAUAAAAGAAAGAAAAACAACCCGGGGUAGAUGACCGCGUCCGUCCGCCCACCAACUCCUCUCUUCUCCACUUUUCUCCUCUCGGUCUAUUACCGGACGCCGAGGAGCAGAGGAAGACGGCUCGGACCAGCUCCACUCAACCGCCCGUACCCUUCUUCUUCUUCUUCUUCUUCCUUUCUUUUUUUUCCUUUCUGACUUCCUAUUUUCUUCUCUUAAACUUUGCGUUCCGUCUUUAAUUACUCAUGCUGUACAGUCCAUUUCCUGAAGUGUGAUUCUUGUAUGAGAGCGGAGGAGAAGCCUCCCGACUGUCACCAGUCGGCUCUGUGGAGGAACUGGACGGGUCGACCUUCGUAUCAGCCGUGAGAGCCGCUCUCCAUGUCUCUCCCGCGGCUCCGAGGUCUUUGUGUGCUUGCUCGCCGCAAGCAAA